AUGGCUGGCAGUGGCGAUGCAGCGAAAAAUGCUCUCGAAUCGUUAUUCAAUAAAACGAAAGAGGUGGUCCAAACAGCUGCAGAAACAACAAAGGAAUAUGCGAAUGUAGCAAUUGGGAAAAUUAUUCCAAAUUCUGGUUCUCAAGCAGCUGCCACCAAUCCAAAUCCGAGAAGCGAACAAACGAAUCCAAUGGAAACCGGUGGUAGUGGUGGUGGUGGCAGUGGUGGAUCACGUGGUACAACCAAUAAUUAA